GGCCCCGCACCGCCCCGGCCCUUCAUAAGGCAGCAGAACCGCCGGUGGCUCCACAGCGCCCGACACCAUGGCCGCCCUCGGCCUCCUCCUCCUCCUCCUCGGCACGGCUGUGGCAGACCUGAAGCCCCAGCAUGAGCAACUGAUCCAGCAAUCCCAUGAGAUCCAGCAGUUGCAGCAGGAGGAGCAGGACUUCCAUCUGUCCCCCAACAUCGUCCCAUCAGCAGGGGCUGAUGACAUCCCGUACCCGCGGGCGCCGUCACACGCCUCCACCUGGGGCAGCAUCCUGGAGGGCUUCCCUCCCGCCUGGCCCCUGCCUGACGACCUCAGCCGUUACUGCCGCAGCCCCUCGCUGAUCCCCCGUGCACCCCGGCCCUCGCUGCCCCCUGCUGCCUUUGCCCACCUCCGCAGGCAGGUGGCUGCACUCGACAGCUUCUGGCCUCGCCUGGACAGCUGCUGCCAGCACCAUACCCCGCUGCCCUGCGCCCGGCGGGCGUGGACCGAUGUCCUGGACACGUUCUGCGAGGAUGAAUUUGGAGUGAAAACACGUCAGUUCCACUGCUGCCACCGGCACGGGGCUGCGCGACGCCGCUGCUUCGCCGACGCCACCAUGGGCACCGCUGAGAUCACCGAGAUCACCGAGAUCACCGUCUUCGAGCCCGUGCUCGUGCCAUCCUUCCCACCUGGCGAGCCCAACGCUGCCAACAUAGAGAACAUCUGCCGCCUGCGGGGGCUGCGGCCCAGCCCCAAAGGCCUCCCCGGGCCCCGGGCACGCUUCCACAGCCGCCUGGAGCGUGACUUCGGCCGCUGCUGCCACAACAGCAGUCUGGAGUGCGCCCACACUGCCUGGCAGAGGGGAUUGGAGCGCUUCUGCCGGGAGGAGGGGGCUGUGAAGACCCGGCAGCACCGCUGCUGCAAGAGAGGGUUGGGCCAAGCCCGGAGCCGCUGCUUCGCCACCGCCGCCCCCCACCCUGCCUACGACCAAGAAGUGCACAACAUCAGCCUGGCCCGGCCCGGCCCCGCCAUGCUGCGCACCCUCUGCGGACCCAUCCGGCUGCUCAGCAAGCGACGCCCGGUGCCAGAGCUGCUGGAAGCGGUGACCACAACGUGCUGCGCGCUGCCCCAGGACGAGCAGAGCCCCUGCGCCGAGGAGCAGCUCUCUCAGCAAAUCGAUGUCCUCUGCGCUGCCCCACGCAGCUCCUGGCGCGACCCCCGUGGCUGCUGUGCGUGGGGGGGCAACGAGAGGCUGCGGUGCUUUGAGGAGGAAUACCUGGAGGGGGUGACGCUGGGAGCUGCCAUUCCUCCCCCCCCUUCGGCCAGCAGCCUUAAUAUCCCAGUAAUAAAGGUGCUUUGGUGUCACACUGCUCUGCGUCCCCCCUCCUCUCAGUGUGGGUGUUUUGGGGGAGGAAAAGGGGGGGUGGUGUUGGGUUGUGUUUUUGGCUGUGAGAUUUUGUCUGUGUGUUUUCGGGGUGUUGCAGCUGUGUCACUGUUUGUGGAUCGGGGUGCGCCCUGUCUGGCACCCACGCGUGUCCGGGGCAGUCUGUGGACUGCGGGUGCUGCGUGCUGCACAUGGCCUCAUGUCCCCACAGUGUGCACAGUGCAUCCCCACAUGUGGACAACAGCGGGCCUUUGCCCCUUCCCACCGUGUGGUCCCCCCUCCCGAUGAUCCCUUGAGCUGCAU